GAGUACUUAUGGGACUACUGUACCAGAGCUAUCAAUUGCGCUCUGCACUAUCUGAGAUUUUCUCACUAGUUUUGUUGUCACUGUCCAAAGAAUGAACCUAAAUACUUGGAAUUGCAUGUAAAACUUGUGUAGAUUUUGUAUCCCUUUUAUUCAAUUUUGAUGGAAGUUCAUAUUUCCACUUCAUUUUGACAGUCAUGGGAUGCUACAUUGCAGUUUCUGUGUUCACACAAUGCAGCUAUACUCUACUAAGGAAUAGACCAUUAUUUUUUUUGAGGGGGGUGGGGUUGGAUUGGACAAUUUUGGGGAGUAUGAUUUUUUUUUUCUCGCUUGUAGGUUGUGCAUGACUUUUUCUGAUGGGCAAUAGCUAGUGCAUGAAAUAUAUUUUUAAGCCAAACACAGGACCUGGAUAGUAGAAAGCACUUGCUAGAUGGUUUUUUUUUUCCGGUGGCUCUCCUUGCAAAUUUUUUUUCAGCCGUUUUUGAUGUGAAGGAAGCUUUUAUGGAAAUUGCCCGACACCCUCCCUCAAAAAAAUAAUGGUCCGUCCCUACAUGUAAGCAUGUGCAAGCGAUGGAUGAUGACCCAUCGUGACGACAUAAAUAGCGAUCAUAAAAGGGGUUACCGUCUCCUGUUAGGAGACUCUGCCGUUGCAUGUUCCCAGUGAUACUUAGUGCUCACAAGCAGUCUCUGUUGUUUGUUCGCAGUUUAUAGCUCACCCCUACAGCCAGCUGAUGUUGAACUCAGUUCUGUACGACGGAUUAGGAGGAUGGGAAGAUUCUGGCUUCCUGACCAAGCUGAUGUUGGGUCUGCUGUUGACAGUAUCGGGGCCGUUAUUGGCGCUAUGUUAUUUCUUGUUACCCAACAGCCGGAUCAGCAAGCUCCUAAAGAGACCAAUCUUGAAGUUCACGAGUCACACGGGUUCAUUCUACUUGUUUCUUAUGCUGCUCAUCUUUUCCUCGGUUCAAGACAAAUUUUAUGAUGUACUUCAGUUUCAAAUCUUCGAUGUCCUUAUAGCGCUGUGGAUCGCUGGUUUGCUGUUCCAAGAGGCAAAAGAAGCUUACCGUCAGGGUAAAGAGCGCUACUUUUCGCAAUACUGGAAUGUCGUCACGCUUUUCAUGCUGGGAAUGUUUGUAAUCUCUGGGCUUCUCUGGCUUGCUGGAUUUUUCCUUUCUGUGGAGGGCAAGGGGACCUCUGAAAUACCUGUCCGUGAAGCAUUCGGUAUCAGUGCGAAAGAGUCCGCCUACCGCCUCAUUCUUUUGUCCAAUGCGUUCUUUUCCAUUGGUUUGGUCUUGAGCUUCAUCAAUGCGUCCAAUUCAUUCCAAGUGAACUCCGUUCUCGGUCCGCUGCAGCUGUCACUUGUGAAGAUGAUUCGGGACAUUGCGAAGUUUCUGUUCUUGUUUUUGCUACUGUUUCUUGCAUUCGGUUGGGCGGAGAGGAAAGUGUACUCUCGGUAUGUUCAAGCCAGGGAAGCGUUUACUGGGAAUGCGACUGAACACAAAUUUGCCCAGAUUGAUGGAAGCCUAAGGUUCCUAUUCUGGGAUUUGUUUGGAAAGUCAGCGCUAUCGGACUUAAGCACAGAUAAGAACUUCAUCAUCACUCAGUACACUGGUGAAUUACUGCUGGGACUGUACAGUAUUCUGUCUAUUUUGGUCGCUUUAAAUAUGCUGAUUGCCAUGAUGGCAAACUCUUAUCAGAGAGUCGCGGACGACGCAGAUAUUCAGUGGAAAUUCUCUAGAACCCGGAUGUGGAUGCCUUAUCUUGAUGAAGGCAACGUGAUGCCGCCUCCAUUCAACCUCAUUCCUCCACCUAAAUUGGUGUUUCGUCUUUUUAGAAGACUGUGCGCUGGUCCUGCGAGCUGUGUGGUAAGUUGGCUUGCUCGCUAGGAGGCGUCAGGAAGUUGUAUGGAGGUUGUCUUCGUUUCUGGGAGGCGCAGUGGGCUCAUGGUUAGUGCGCUUGUCUCCGGAUCGAGCGGUCCGGGUUCGAGCCCUGGCCGGGA